AUGAGCCGAGUAACUUGGUUUCAUGAAAGAGAAAUAUUUGUACUUUUGCAGGGACUUGAAUGUGAGUUUUGACACAGCAAGAUUGCGUGGCUGAACCCGAAAGCUUGCUGGUACUGGUUGGUUGGGGAUUGUCUUAAUCCCACUUGUGCUUUUCGGCAUCCUCCAUUGGAGGAGAGGCAUGAAGCGGCACCAUCAGAGCCCGCUCCAUCUUCCAUAUCUGCAACCAAGAAUGUUCCUUGUUACUUUUACUUGAAUGGGAUGUGCAAUAAAGGUGAUAGCUGCUUGUUCUUGCAUGACACUGACGGCAGUGCAUCAACUGGGAAAUGUGCGAACACUGCGUCCUCUGCAAGUACUGAAGAACUUUCUUUAGAGAACGAGGCUUCUGAAGUGAAUGAAACAGUAUCAGCACCAACAAUUUCACCCCACAGUGCUUGUGAAACUGUGGCAAAGCAGGAUCUUAAUUAUCAGGAACAAGUACAGAUAUGUGCUUCUCCUCAUGUUUCUGAAUACGGGGAUGAAGAGGCUGAUGAAAUUCGAUCGAACUCCUUGCUUCUUCCAGCUGAAGGCUCUAGUGACGGUAGACCUUCUCUAUGCACUGCGAGUUCAGAGGAGGGAGCUGAUGACCUUAUUGUGCAAGAGGAACGGUGGGAUUCCUCUCCAGGCUUUGAUGUUCUUGUCGAUGGUAAAUCAGAAUAUUUAGUUGGCGAGGAUAGCCCUGAAUACUUUCCUACACUUCACAGAGAGCACUGGGGAUUAAAUAAGGAGUGGCAUGAUUAUGACGACAAUCCAGAUGAGUAUGAUCCUCUGCGUCCUGCUGCUGUACUUUUGUAUGAAAACCAAAUUUAUGACUCCUAUGAUUGUUUAGAUACCAGCUACCUUUUUGGUAAUGAGGGAAGUAUCCAUGGCUAUGGAGAGGAUAUAAUGUUGAAUUCCAUAUUGUCCCACAAGAGGAAGGGUAUGCCAAUGGAAGAUGACCAUGAUAGCUUGGAUCUCCGAAAUCACUUGAGAAGACGAAGAGCGAUUGAUGAUUGUUCCAUUUCUGGAUUAUCAAGAAUUCAUGACUCACUUCAGUUGAUUGAUAGAAGCCAGGAAUUGCCUCAAAGGCAUGAUAUGGGUUGGCCCAGGAGAUUGGCAUCAGAAGUGGGAAACAGAACUUAUGACACACGCAAGGAGAAUGAAGCCUUUAACAACGCUGUAAUUCAACGUCCUCCGCAUAGACAAUCUCACCAAUACAGAUCUCAGAGACAUAAGGAAAGAAGGCUGGCCAAGCCACAGUUUCCUCUAUCAGAAGCCACAAGGAAACCAGUGCCAAGGGAAAAGAGAUCAUCUAAAGAGGAUUCAACUGCCUUUACAGGACCCAAGUCCCUUGCCCAGAUCAAAGAAGAAAAGAGGAAAGCAGAAGAACAUGGAGGUGGUAAACCUUUCACUGAAAUUCUAAACGAGAAAAGGAAGCUAGCUCACAGAAGUGGCUGUGGCAGCAACUGAAGAAAGAUACUUGCAGGACAGACUCUUAGUCUAUGUUGUUCAUGACCAUUACCAGGUAGAGUUAGAUUUAAAGAAAUAUACUAGAUGAAGAUUGUGCGUGUGGUUGCCCCCUUUUGCAGAAGGUCUACCUGCAUUUUUCGGAUACCUUCCUCUUCAAGGCAGUUGAUACGUUGUUCAGCAUUUUUUGGUAGUACAUCAGUUGAGCCUACUUUUGCCUAACCUAGAUGACAAACUUGGGCACCCUACAAAGACAAGCCAUUGAAACAAAGCUCAGUUUGAUUUCUGUACAGGGAGAGCAUCUAUCGUUUCACCGGUAUCAUUUCUGCACUUGAUUAUUUGCUCCUUUUGUUUCCUUUCUAUUCCGAUUUUCGCCUAUAUCUGGGAGUAACAUUGACUAUUCUGAACUUCUGAUGCAUGAUGUUCUCGUUUAACUUGUGUGUGUUUUAUUCCACUUCUAGUCUUCUACCAUAUUAGUUAGCCGAACGAGAACAUU